AUGCGGUCGCUUCUUUCACUCUGCUUGCUCUUCCUGGCUGCCACUGUGCACGCUGUUAGUGUCGCCGGCAGUCGGCUCCUGGCGAUCCUGGACGACGUUUCUGAGAAGGAGGGCUACUCCAAGUUUCUGGGAGAUCUAGAAAGCCGGGGAUUCAGCAUCACCUACGAGACGCCCAAGAGCGAGUCUCUGAAGCUGUUCAAGCUCGGCGAGCGAGAGUAUGACCAUCUUCUUCUCUUUCCCUCCAAGGUUAAGGGUCUCGGCCCCAACCUGACUCCCAACAUCCUCGUCCAGUUCAUCAACGCCAAGGGCAACAUCCUGCUUGCCCUCUCCUCCAACGCGACCGUCCCUACCUCAAUCGUGAGCCUCCUAGCCGAGAUCGACAUCGCCCUCCCCGCAGACCGCACCGGCCUCGUGGUCGACCACUUCAACUACGACACAAUCAGCGCCGCCGAGCAGCACGAUGUCCUCGCUAUCCCCGCCCCCAAGUCGUCGCGCGCCGGCGUGAAGGACUUCUUCUAUGAGGACGGCCAGGUCAUUGCCUUUCCUAGCGGCGUCGGCCACGUGCUCGGCUCUGGACCGCUCCUCACCCCGAUCUUGCGCGCCCCCAAGACGGCCUACAGCUAUAACCCCAAGGAACAGGCCGUGGUAGUCGAUGCCAACGAGCUCUUUGCUGCCGGUGAGCAGCUCGGCCUCGUGUCCGCCUUCCAGGCGCGCAACAGCGCCCGCUUCACCGUCGUUGGAUCCGCCGAGUUGCUGAGCGACAAGUGGUUCGACGCCAAGAUCAAGUCGGCGGCCACGGGCAAGGAGGUCGUGACGUGGAACCGUGAGUUCGCCAAGAGGAUUGCGGGCUGGACUUUCCACGAGAUUGGUGUCCUGAGGGUGAACGAUAUUGAGCACCACCUCAACGAGGCUGCCAACGAGACCAACCCCGAGAUCUACCGCGUCAAGAACGAUGUGACCUACACCAUUUCCCUUUCCGAAUACUCUUGGGACAAGUGGACACCCUUCACUGUACCGAAGGACGACGCUCUCCAACUCGAGUUCAGCAUGCUUUCCCCCUUCCACCGCCUCCCGCUCUCGCCCAAGGCCAGCACCGCUGACGCCUCCACUUACACCGCCUCCUUCGUCCUCCCCGACCAGCACGGUAUCUUCAACUUCAAGAUCAAUUACAAGCGCCCCUUCUUGACCAACGUCGAGGAGAAGAACACAGUUUCUGUCCGCCACAUGGCCCACGACGAGUGGCCCCGCUCCUAUGUCAUUUCCGGUGCGUGGCCUUGGUUGACUGGCAUCUUCGCCACCGUCACCGGCUUCGUUCUCUUCUCGGCCAUGUGGAUGUACAGCGCGCCCACAAGCACCGCGACUGCGACCAAAAAGACACAGUAA